AUGUUGAGCCAAACUCUUGUGCCUGUUGGGCAGCCUCUCGCUGUUAAUUGCUCACUAGAAAAGAACUUGAAUUUUAAAAGUGGAGACUACAAUUUAACAUGGUAUAAAGUUGGUAACCAGACACCUGUGCCUAGAGACAAGCUUUCUAGAAUACAUCAGCAGAAGAGUUUAAUUUGGUUUCUCCCUGCAAUGUUAGAAGACUCUGGAGAUUAUGGAUGUGUCAUAAGGAAUUUGACAAGCUGCAGUAAAAUGCAUACAAAAGUAACAGUGUUUGAGAGGGUUGAUGGUUUAUGCUUAGAUGAAAAAUUUGCUGUAGAAGAGAUGAUAUUCACAUUAUCAUCUGGAAAGGUUGUGUGCCCACACUUGGAUUAUUUCAGGGAUGAGAAGAAUACUCUGCCUGUUCGUUGGUAUAAGGACUGCCAGCUCCUGGAAGGGAAAAGAUAUUCCACCUUAAACAGGGAUCUUUUCAUUUUCAAUGUAACUUUAUAUGAUGAAGGAAAUUAUACAUGUAAAACGUCAUAUAUCCACAAUGGAAAAAAAUAUAACAUUUCACGAGACAUCAAGCUAAGUGUAGUAGUGAGCCCGCCAAAAACACCCCCAGAAAUAUCUUAUCCAAGGAACAACUCAAUUGAAGUGGAACUUGGCUCACAGAUUACAGUGGAUUGCAAUGCAACAGGUGCUGCUGAGUAUGACGUGUUUUGGACAAGCAAUGAUAUGUAUAUUGAUAUACUUUAUAUGAACAGAAUUUUUGAAAAACCCUAUGAGGAAGAAAUUUCCCACGAUGGACGCCCUGUGCUUACUAUGAAACUAAUAAUAUCAGAAGUGUGCAAUGAAGAUUAUGAACAACCAUUUGUCUGUCACGCUUCAAAUGCGUUUGGGCAGGUUACAUCCUAUAUCACAUUAAAACGCAGAGUCCUUGAUUUACGGAGAUGGCUUAUUGGAGGCCUGGUAUCUUUGCUGUUUAUAACAGUCAUUACUUUAAUAAUCUACAAGACUUUCAAGAUUGACUUUGUACUUUGGUAUCGUAAUUCAGGUUGUGGUUUUGUAAGGAAGGAAGAUGGGAAAAUAUAUGAUGCAUAUGUCCUGUAUCCAAAAGGCAAUGAAAGCAGCAGCUCCUAUCCUCUGGAAACCUUUGUUCUUAGAAUACUACCCGAUGUUUUAGAACGACAGUGUGGAUAUAAUCUUUUUAUACUAGGAAGGGAUGAUUCACCAGGGGAAGCUGUGGUCAGUGUUGCUCAUGAAACCCUUAAGCAAAGCAGAAGAUUGAUGAUUAUUCUGCAAUCAGAAGCAUCUAGUUGCUGCAUGUUCGAAGACGCCUCUGAACAACAGCUAUCUAUAUAUAAUGCUCUCAUCUGUGAUGAGAUUAAAGUGAUUCUUAUAGAAAUGGAUAAAAUACAGGACUACGCAAGCAUGCCAGAAUCAAUCAGAUACAUUAAGCAAAAACAUGGGGCUAUCCAAUGGAAAGGGGACUUCUCAGAGGAGUCUUGUUCUGCAUGUACAAAAUUCUGGAAAAAUGUACGCUACCAAAUGCCACACAGAAAAAAACCCAUCUUCUGA